CUCAACUUAUUAGAGUAGGUGCAAGUGCAGCAAGUGUGCAACAGGAAGCAACAGCUCGAAGAUGACAGAUCGAAGUAUGACGUGGACUAGCCGUUAUGAAUUAGUUAGGAAGGCGGUUAGUCGGUUAGUUGAUUAGCUAUAUAUAGGCCUUCCAUGGUUCAUUGUAAACACAACUUGACAAAAUGUAGUCCAUAGUGAAAUUUCGGUUCUCUCCAUCUCUGUAAAUGUUCUCCAUCAAUGGCAGCAACAUCUUCUUUUCCCCUCUUGUUCUUCAUGUUUCAUCUCUGAUUUUCACCGUGAUCAAAAUUUGACAUGGUAUCAGAGCAAAAUCUUCAGCAUAUCACUCUGAUUCUCGAUCUAUACCUCUUUUUUUUCUUUUUUUAAUCGGUUCGAUUCUCCGCCGCAUCGACGGAGUUCUUCAGUUUUUUUUUUUUUUGGUUUCUCUGAUUUCACCGAUAGAUUUCGGUUUCUCUAAUUUCAUCGAUAGUUUUCGGUUUUCUCUAUUCUCAAGGAUUGAAAUAGGAUUCUAUGAAUCCGAAAUAUCAAUCUCAAUAUCUGUUCUCUCUCAACUCGGAUGAUUCUCUGUUUUUUUUCAUUUUUUUUUCAAUUCUCACCGAUGAAAUCGUCGGAUGAAUCCUCUGUUUCUAUUUCUAAGAUUGUCUUCUCCAUCUCUAUUUCGAUUUUCUUUUCUAAUCAAGUCUGUUCUCCUCUUUUUCAUUUUUUUUAUCUGUUGGUGUUGUGAAAUAUUGUCAUGAUUCUCUCUAUCUGUUUCAAACUUUUGAUGAAAUGUCUGUCUGCAUCACUUGCGUGAUUAGUUGGAUGCUCAAGAUGGAGUUGUCACUUGCUUGAUCAGUUGGAUGCUCAAGAUGGAGCUGUUACUCGCUUGAUCUAAAUCAAUGCUUGAUAAAGGACGCUUCUGCUCGAUUGAUCACAUACAAGCUGCUACUUGCUUGAUCAAUUGCUGGACCACCUUGCUCAACCAUGCGUGGAAUUUGAGUGAAUUAGUUUUGUAGUUUGAUGCAUAUUUUUUUUUUAUGUUUCUCAUGUAGUUUGAUGUUUGUUGUCAAGAUGGUAGCAAUUGUUGCUUCCAUCUUGAGGGGGCUAUUAGAGUAGGUGCAAGUGCAGCAAGUGUGCAACAGGAAGCAACAGCUCGAAGAUGACAGCUCGAAGUAUGACGUGGACUAGCAGUUAUGAAUUAGUUAGGAAGGCGGUUAGUCGGUUAGUUGAUUAGCUAUAUAUAGGCCUUCCAUGGUUCAUUGUAAACACAACUUGAUAAAAUGUAGUCCAUAGUGAAAUUUCGGUUCUCUCCAUCUCUGUAAAUGUUCUCCAUCAAUGGCAGCAACAUCUUCUUUUCCCCUCUUGUUCUUCAUGUUUCAUCUCUGAUUUUCACCGUAAUCAAAAUUUGACACAACUCCCUCAAAUUCAACCCUAACGCAUCGGAUCCCUCAGUUCUAAUCCCCGUCGUGAAAAUGAUCCUCGCCUCACUCUUCGAGAACGGUCGGCCGAAGAUGGCCGUUAAGAUUUUCCAGUGGGUGGCGCGGCCCGAUUUUCCCGGAGGUGUGGCGGCGGACCUGGAACUCUACGCUGGUUUGGUUAAUGGAUUUUGCAGGAAUGGGAUGAUGUUGGACAGUCUCCGUGUUUUAAGAGUCGUGAUGGCAUGUGAAAAAUUGGUAAUUGGGGAUGAAAUUAGGGUUUGUGUUUACAGGGGUUUGUUGAGGGAGGCGAGGGUUAGGGAAGCUUUGGAGCUCAAUGCUGCAUUGGGGAGUUGUACUUCAGGGAGUGAUGGGGAUACUUGUGUUUCAGAGAAGGUUGUGCAUUUACUGGAGCGGAUUAUUUCAAAUUGGCUGGACUAGAAUUUAUGAUGCCGUGCAAGAGUUUAAGAUUGGCGACAGUUGGUUGGAGGAGUACAUCUCGUCUAACUACUUCCCGCUUCCAAAUUACUUGUGCUGCAAAGAAAGAAACAGUGGACAAAGUGUGUGAAAUAGUGAGGAAGCAGCUUGCACUGCCUGCUGACAAGGAAAUCACCCCUCAGACUACUUUUACAGAUCUUGGAGCUGACUCCCUUGACACUGUGGAAAUAGUAAUGGGGCUGGAAGAAGAGUUUGACAUUACAGUCCAAGAGGAUAACCAAGACAACAUAUCAUGCAUCCAGGAAGCUGCUGAUCUCAUUGAACAGCUUGUUGCCAACAAAUCUUGAUACCUUCAUUUUGUGGGAUUUUUUUUCUUUUGAGAUACAAUCUUUGAGAUUGGGAUUUGGCGAGGGAGGGGGAGAAAAAUAAUUCUAGUUUGAAUUUUGGUAUAUUCUAUGUUGUAGUAGUCCAGAUCCAUGAGGACAUGAAAGCUCCAUUCGAAUUUCUAAUAUAUCUACUAAUUUUGUGAAA